UGUCAUCGCUUGCCUGCUGAAGGAUGCUCAGGGCGGAGGAGAAAGGACGUCCAUGUAGGAUGAUGAUAAUAGCAGCUCAAACUGGCCCACGGCGAUGAAAAAGAUGGAAUACGUCUGACUGGGUGACCGCUUUCACCAAAUGAAAGUGAAUAUUAAUCCCAGCCGCUGCUGCCGCACCUGUAUGGAGAAGAAAGACGCGCAGGAUCGAGGAUAGCACCGGGUUAUACCCCAGGUAAUGCUUAUUUAAGGUGCUGAAGAUAACCAAGCUCAUUGUGAUUGACCAAAAUGUCUAAAACCAAACACGGUGAGGCAAUAAGGGUGGUGGUCCGCUGCCGACCGUUCAGCAGGAGAGAGGAGAUAGCGGAGUGUGAAAACAUCCUGGAGAUUGAUGGUAAGCUGGGGCAGAUCACAAUAAGGAACCCGAAGGCGCCACCUGAUGAGCCUAUGAAAACAUUUACCUUUGAUUCGGUGUAUGACCGGGACUCAAAACAAGGCGACAUUUAUGAUGACACAGUGAGACCUCUUGUGGAGUCCGUGUUGCAGGGCUUCAACGGGACUAUAUUUGCUUAUGGACAGACCGGGACAGGUAAAACAUACACGAUGCAAGGGGUUUCAAACGAUCCCGAGAGGAGUGGCAUAAUACCAAAUUCAUUUCAGCACAUUUUCACGCAAAUCUCCAGAACUCAGAAUCAGAAAUACCUGGUCAGGGCAUCAUACCUUGAAAUCUACCAGGAGGAAAUCAGAGAUCUCUUGUGCAAAGACAACAACAAGAAACUGGAACUUAAAGAAAACCCUGAAUUUGGCGUGUACGUGAAAGACCUGUCUUCAGUGGUCACCAAAAAUGCCACAGAAAUUGAACAUGUGAUGAACAUAGGCAACCAGUCCAGGUCUGUAGGGUUCACCAAUAUGAACGAACGCAGCUCUCGGUCUCAUGCAAUUUUUGUCGUAACAGUGGAGUGUAGUGAGGAAGGGGCAGAUGGUGAAGACCACAUCCGGGUUGGGAAGCUGAACAUGGUCGACCUGGCUGGCAGCGAGCGCCAGAGCAAGACAGGUGCAAAAGGAGAGCGACUGAAGGAGGCGGCCAAAAUCAACCUGUCCCUCUCAGCACUGGGGAAUGUCAUCUCAGCCUUGGUGGAUGGGAAGAGCUCCCAUGUCCCAUACAGAGACUCUAAACUAACCCGCCUGCUCCAGGACUCACUGGGUGGCAAUGCAAAGACUGUAAUGAUAGCAACUGUGGGACCAUCAGCCAAGUACCACGAUGAGUCACUGACGACACUGAGGUAUGCCAGCAGGGCCAAGAAUAUAAAGAACAAGCCACGGAUUAAUGAGGAUCCCAAAGAUGCCCUGCUGAGGGAAUUCCAGGAGGAGAUUGCCCGUUUGAAAGCUCAGCUGGAGGAGCGAGGGAUGCUUGCAAAGGAAAGGAGGAGGAGGAGGAGGGACAGCAAAAGACUGAGCAAAAGUAUGGCUGGCAUGGAGGAAGAGGUGUUCAGAGAGAGGGACUCUGAGGUGUGGAAGUCUGUUGAAGAGGAACAGGAUGUGGAACAUUACAUGAAAGAGGAAAAUGAUUGCUCCAAGGUUGGGACCAAUGCAAAUGCCAGCCAGAAAAGCACCGAGAAGUGGAAGCUGCUGAAUGAAAGAGAAAAAAGCAUGGACGACAUGCAAAAGGAACAAGAGGCGCUAGAGAAGAUCAUUGAGAAAUAUAAGGCUAUGGAGAGCAAACUGUUAGUUGGAGGGAAGAACAUAAUUGACCACACAAAUGAGCAACAAAAAAUGCUGGAGCUGAAGAGGCAAGAGAUUGCAGAGCAGAUAAGACGGGAGAGAGAGAUCCAGCAGCAGAUGCUCUUGCAGGACGAGGAGACAUUGGAAAUGAGAGAGACAUUUUCCUCCCUACAACAGGAGGUGGAACUCAAGACCAAGAAGCUGAAAAGGUUGUAUGCCAAGCUACAGUUGGUGAAGAUAGAGAUCGGAGAUGUCAUUGAAGAGCAUGUCAUAACCAGACAGGAGCUUGAACAAACACAGAAUGAACUCACCAGAGAACUUAAGUACAAAUAUCUCUUGAUUGAGAAUUUCAUACCUCCUGAGGAAAAGAACAAGAUCAUGAACAGGCUGCACUUUGACAGUGAGGAAGAUCAGUGGCGGUUCCGACCGGUCAUUCCAUCUGAAAGUGCACCCACUCAGGUCAGGAGAAGGCCUUCCUCGGUUGCAGGAUACAAGAGGCCAAUCAGCCAAUAUGCACAGAUGGCUGUUGCCACAGCAACAGGGGCCCCAUCGAGAUACCAGGCUGAGAAUAUUAUGCUGUUGGAGUUAGAUAUGACUCCACCAACCAUGUUCACCUUGAACCUUAAUGGAGCUCACUUGGAGAGAGCAUUUUCUCCCAGGCCCAUGCGAGAUCUUCUGGUUAGUGUUCCCAUUAGGGAGAGGACCUCUGCAUCACGUGUCAGGAAGUCCCGAUCCUGGUAUCAGGCACCACAAGCACCAUCAGUCUCAUCGUCCUCAUCAUCCACCUCCCUGAUGUCUGGGUCUCAGUGCUCCUCCCAGCCUCAGAGACAGAGACCAUCCUCUGCCGCCUAUCCUCCACUGGGAGGCGCCAUUCAGACAAGCCCUUGAGACGAGUGAAUACUCACUGUAACACACAGGGCCUCAAGUCCAAGUGGCACACAGGAGUCCAGAUCGGCCCAUGGGCCCUCAGAAGGGGUGGGCAAAAAUUGGGAUUCAACAUCUCUUGAUUUUAAAUAGAUUCCAAAUCUUUUUCCAUAUUUUGUUUUGGCUAGAGAACCCAUUCAGUAAGCAUGUAUUUGGUGUACUCGGAAAGAUAAACCUGUCAUCCGUCAUUCAUUCAUUUGCCACAACUGCUAGUCACAUUAAUACAGUGGUCAGCGGAGCUCUUGAAAGUGAUCCUUCCUUGUUUGCUUGCUUUUUUGCCUACCGUUGCCUAAACCAUGUAGUCUUUAUUGGCUUUCUGUGGCCUCCAGGAAUAGCAUAGCCAAAACGUCCAGCUGUGACCAGGUUUCAAAAUACAAAUAUAUAACCAAACCAGGUCAAACAUAUGUAGUUGUGCUUAUUCUACAAGUUCUCAAAGAUGAUUUUUACUGAGCUUUAUUUAUUUAUUUCCCUGUAUAUAUUUAUUUGCUCAUUUAUUUAUUUGUUUAUACAUCUGAAGGCCAGAGAUUCAUCACAAUACCAUGAUGCCAAAAAAA